CCGCCUUGUCCCUACUGCUGCCGGUCAGUUGGUUGACAACCCAGAAUAUGAUAUGAUCUCUGGUUCACUAAUGACCAAACCAUAGGGUCAUGGCUCUUUGCUACUAUGACAGAAGAAGUUUUCAAGGACAUAUUCAACAACUUCCGGCUUGCUCUGGAGCGUAGGAAUCAUACUCGAUCCUCUGUGAAGGAAUUCAAUCUCAAGGACUGCCCCCCGAAGAUGAGAGUUUUCUUACCUUGGUCUCUCAUUCCGCAGCCCGGAUCUGAAGACCAUGCUUCUGC